CGGACAUCUCACGGGUAACAAUCAAACCUCUGUGUCCAGGCUGCGACGACCGGAAUUCAAAAUGUCGCUUCACCUUGACUCCCGAUAUACUCAACUCCUGUACACCAAUAUACCCAUACUCCGCGGCUUGCGUAGCAUCCGACUGCUACGUGUAGAACCCGGGCCGUGGUCUCAGCCCAUAUCAUGCCAUCUACACGAACUGUUCCUUGAACGCGCCCCAACCUACAAAGCAUUAUCUUAUGCGUGGGCCAACGGGAAUUUGGAGUCUGAGCCCAUGGGUGACUCAAUCUGGUGUAACGGGAUCCCAAUCCGCGUCAGCGCAAAUCUCUACUCGGCAUUACUGCAACUGAGGGACAGCGAAAUGCCAGUCGAGCUCUGGGUCGACUCCAUUUGCAUCAACCAAAAGGACGUUUUAGAACGCUCUGACCAGGUCAGACUGAUGCGCGACAUCUACCAGAACAGUAGCGAGGUCAUCAUCUGGCUUGGGGGGCGCGCGGAACAUGACGAUUUGGGCGGGCAACCGCCGCCGUCGGGACUGGCUGGCUCAGAAAUGGCCGCCGAGGAGGACGUUCCGGCUUGCGUCCACUGGUAUGGAGAUGGGAGAGACAACGACAAGUGGAAGACCUUUAUCAAAGGACAACAGAGCCGGCAGCAUUUGUUCGACGCCCAGGCCAGGGAUGUAUUCGGGGCCUUCUGUGUCAUCUGGCUUCUUUCGGUGGGCAUUAAGGCAUCUCACAUCAUCCAUCUGCGACAUAUCACCCAAUCGGCAGCCAUUAUUAAUGGAUUGCGCGCGAUCAUGGAUCAAUCUUGGUGGCGUCGCACAUGGGUUGUCCAAGAGACGAUAGUCGCCAAUAAAGCCACCGUCUACUACAGCAAUAUUUCAGCCCCCUGGACCAUGUUUGCCGACGCAGCAGUGGCAUACGAAAAGACACGUCUCCUGACCAGUGUCGAGUCCGUUUAUCCUUAUCCUCAGCCCCUGAUGCAGUUUGCUCGCAUCAUAACCGAGAUGGAAUCCACCAGACAAGUCUGGAACGACCCGUUGCGAAUGACAACUCUCCUGCCACUUUUGCGCAUGUUCAGACCAAGGCUUGCUACUGACGCAAGGGAUAAGGUUUUUGCUCUGCUGGGACUGGUUCAGUGGUGGGGUGGGGGCCUCCCCAAACUUCUCCCCGACUACAACAUGAGUGCCGAGCGCGUCUUUUGGCAGACCACGAUCACACUGAUCAAGAACACGAGGUCACUCAGCGUGCUUGCCGGGACCCUUCGGCGCGGCUUGGGCCAUGCCAGGCCCUCGUGGGUCACCGACUGGAGUUGUUCCCCAGACACCCACGAGAACAUAAGACUUAGUAACUUGCGCCACUACAAUGCAGCGAAAUCAGCAGCCGUUGGUGCGGCGAGGGUCCAUGGCCAAUCCCUCCUCGAAAUCCAUGGAUUCAAAUUCGACGAGGUCGAGUCCGUCAGAUCCGUGUUGCCACUGGCAGAAGAGGGUGAGACCAGCCGAUGGAGGCUGGUCGUGUCCGAGUGGGAACGAUGUCUCGGGCUCCUGGGGACAGAGGACUACGUCGGGGGCGGCACCGUUGCGAGUGCAUUCUGGCGAACUCUGUGCGGCGACAUCCAACAUCUCAAAGACCCCGAAAACGGCAGAGCAGAGUUCCGCAGGUCUACGGAUUUGCAGUCGUCAACAUAUGCUAAAUGGCGAUGUCUGGAUACAGGUAGAAAGAGGCGGACUUCUAUUAUUGCGGGCUACUGGCAGGAGAGUGGGGGGCCGACGGACCCGGACCCGGACCCGGACUCGGCCCCGGACGCAGACAUAGACACAGCGACCAGGAACGCCUUUCACUAUGGAGUGGAAUGUGCGUCCGGCUGCAGAAGGUUUUUUAUAACCAGGAAAGGAUAUAUUGGAACAGGCCCAGCGGAAAUCGCAGCCGGGGACAAAAUUUAUAUCGUGUCUGGGUGUCCGGCACCUUUCAUUCUCCGGGAGACAUCCGCUUCCUAUUGCAGGAGGGAAACGCUGGAGACUCUCAUUGAGAAGCCACUCACCACCCUGGAAUUCGGAGCGAAUAACAAAGUGUGCAACGACGUCCAUACUCAUUGCUUCACAGUGGUUGGGGACGCGUAUGUACAUGGGAUCAUGGAUGGUCAGGCAGGUUCACUACUUGAGAGUGAGACAGAGCCGAUUACAGGGCCAAUUUUCUUGCUGUAAAUUAUUAUGUAUGAAG